GGUACGGUCCACUCCGCCGCGAGCCCCUCUUUGAUCCGCCGCCGCUCGCUCAGUUCUAGAGCAGAUGAACUGAUUCGGUCCGGAUUUUCACGGUUUACGAGUCACGGAAGAGCCAUGCGCUCGCGGCAGCCGCUGUGCGGAGAUUAACGCGCGUUUCCCGUCUAAACCAGCGCUCGGUGUGUGUUUGAGAGGCUUGCGCGGAUUCCAGGCUCGAUCCGCGGACCGGAGUAACGGAGCGCCGGUCCCAUGUUGCAACCGAACAGACACGACCACGACCGCUCCAAAGAUCCGGUGAAAUACGGAGAACUGGUGAUUCUCGGGUAUAAUGGCUCUCUUCCCGGAGGAGACCGCGGUCGCAAGAGGAGCCGCUUCGCUCUUUACAGAAGAGCCAAAGCCAACGGCGUCAAGCCCAGCGCCGUCCACAUCCUCAGCAACCCACACGACAGCAAGGCGGUGAACAGCAGGGGGCAGCACAGCAUCUCCUUCACCCUCUCCAGGAACCAGACCGUGGUGGUGGAGUACUGCCAUGAUAACGACACCGACAUGUUCCAGAUCGGUCGCUCCACCGAGAGCCCAAUAGACUUCGUGGUGACGGACACACCGGGAGCGUCCCAGGAGAGCGAAGACUCGUCCUCUGCGCCCAGCACCAUCUCACGCUUCGCCUGCAGGAUCGUCUGCGACCGAAACCCUCCCUACACGGCCCGCAUCUACGCCGCCGGCUUCGACUCCUCCAAGAACAUCUUCCUCGGGGAGAAAGCAACGAAGUGGAAGAAUCCGGACGGUCACAUGGACGGACUGACCACCAACGGCGUCCUGGUGAUGCAUCCUGUGGGUUUCCCAGAAGAGCCCAAGCAGGGUCUGUGGAGAGAGAUCUCUGUGUGUGGAGACGUGUACGCUCUCCGAGAGACCCGGUCCGGACCCAUCCGAGGACAGCUGGCUCAGGGUGAGAGCAGUGCUCUUCAGGACGGGUCUCUGGUGGAUCUGUGCGGGGCGACGCUGCUCUGGCGGACGGCUGACGGUCUGCUGAAGGCCCCGACCCUGCGGCACCUGGAUGCUCUGCGUCUGGAGCUGAACGCGGCGCGGCCGCAGUGUCCCGUGGGUCUGAGCACGCUGGCCUUCCCCAGUCUCCCGCGGAGCCACAGUCUGGAGGAGCGCCAGCCCUGGGCCUAUCUCUCCUGCGGACACGUGCACGGCCGACACGACUGGGGCCAGCGACCCGAGGGUCACCGCGAGCGCAGCGAGGGCCCCGGGGGCCGCCGUGAGUGUCCGCUCUGCCGGAGUCUGGGGCCGUACGUCCCGCUGUGGCUGGGGGCAGAGCCGGGCUUCUACACGGACGCCGGGGCCCCGACUCAUGCCUUCGUUCCCUGCGGUCACGUGUGCUCGGAGAACACGGCUCGGUACUGGGCCGUCACGCCGCUGCCUCACGGGACACACGCCUUCAGACCCACCUGCCCCUUCUGCUCGGCCCCGCUGGCCGCCGGCCCCGGGGUCACACGCCUCAUCUUCCAGGGCCCCAUCGAUUGAUGAGGGGGCCGAACGAGGGCCGAAAGGAGUCUCACGAGGGGCUGUGUUAGAAACAUGCUGCUUUCGAGUCAAAUCAGUGUUGUUUAUAUAAUGUACUGAAUAAAUUCCUCCAUGCGCGUCAAAAAAGGUUAUAAAUAAUAUGCUGCUUUUAAGUCACAUCAUUUACCAUAUUUUUUGGAUUAUAAAUCGUAUAAACCUAAGUAAGUCACAUAUAUUUAGAGCCAAAAACCAAAAUAAAACAUUACCGUCUCCAGCCACCAGAGGGCGCUCUAUGUGUUCAGUGUAGACUACAGGAGAACUGAGCAGCAUAGAGCGCCCUCUGGCGGCUGGAGACGGUAAUGUUUUCUCGGUUCAUGUCAAAUUAAUUUUGAUAAAUAAAUCACACCUGACUAUAAGUCGCAGCCAAACUAUGAAAAAAAGUGUGACUUAUAGUCUGGAAAAUACGGUAUAUGUUUAAGUGCCAGCUUAAUGAGUUAAAGUAAUGUCGAUGAAUAACGAACUUAGCUGAUGUGAUCGUUUAGCCAGAAAUAAUCAUUCUGUCAUCAUUUACUCGUGUAACUCAAACUCACAUGAAGAAAUAUUUCAAUGUUUGAAACCAAACUGUAAUAGUAUUAUAGUUUUACAGUUAAAAUCUCAAAUAAUUAUUUUUAGUAUAUUCAUUUUCUGAAAUAUUAUUUUUUACAUUUACAGUGGAAUAUUACAGGAGUUCUAUUGUAUUUUUUAGUUAUUUAAAAUACACAUUUUUUUUAAAGUAUCAUUAUUAUUAUAAUUACUUUUAUAUGUUGAAGAAAUAUAUUUUUUACACCUUUUUAUUAAUAGUUGUAGUUUAUAGCCUCUUUUUCUUAUAAUAUAAAAUAACAUCUAGCUUGCAUUUUAACUGUUCGUUAACACUUUUAUUAAUCAAGGAUGCAUUAAAUUGCUCAAAAGUGUCACUAAAAACGUUUAUAAUGUUAUAAAAGAUUUAUAUUUUAAAUAAAUGCUGUUCUUUUGAACUUUCUAUUCAUCUGUGA